AUGGAGAAUCGAAAGGCCCCAGUUUCUAAAGGCGUGGAACAAAAGGGAAAUGAUCAGGACAACUUAUGGAAUUUGCCCAAUGAUAUUCUGGAUCAGAUUCUGUCUCUCUUGCCCUUAAAGGAAGCUGUAGCAACUAGUGUACUUUCUCGCAAGUGGCGAUAUGUUUGGACUUCUUGUCUGGUGCUUGAUUUUGAUUUUGAGAAGAAUAUGAAGCCUUUAACCCAUUGCAGCCGUUACCAAGACCAAGAUUCCGAAGAUAAGGAAUGUUGGAGAUAUGUAAAUUGGGUGGAUAGUGUGGUGAAGAUGCAUACAGGCCCAACCAUUGAGAAAUUUAGGGUAUGUUUCCCUUUGGAUUUUUCUUUCACACCUUUCAUUGACAGGUGGGUCCAAUUUGCACUAAAGAAAUGGGUUCAGGAUCUUGUGCUAGACUUUUCUGCACAAUCACACAAAUUGUUACAUUUGGGAAAUGGGUUUUCUAAAGCUUCUGGUUUCAGUAAAUUUCGGGCUCUCAAAAAUCUUUCUUUGAAUAGCAUUGGGGUGACCAGGGGAGAUAUUGGGUUUGUGUUGUUAACCUGCCCUUGUCUUGAGCAAUUGAAAGUUUCUAACUGCCGAAAUCUGACAAGUGUUACUAUUGUGGGCUCACAUUUUGCUUUGAAAUUGAAGUCUUUAGCUAUAGAAUGUUGGCAUAGUAUGGACAGCAUCGAGAUUUUGGACGCAAAUCUUGUAUCAUUUUCCUAUUCUGGGAAUCCUUUGAAAUUGGUGCUGAGCAAUGUCCCGUUGCUCGUUGUAGUGUCGAUAUCAGAGCGUGACAGCAUCCUUACUGAUGAUUACAGGGGUCUGAUAUUCAAUCAACUUUCAGGCUGUCUUUCUCAGCUCCAUACUCUUGGAUUAGAUUUGAAUGGAAUGGUUGAUAUGGAAGUAUUUUCUGUUCAAACAUUAGCAAAUAUCAAGCAUCUGGAAUUGGAAGUGUUGGGAGAGGAUAUUCUGAUUCUUGAACAAAUAAAUUGUUUCAUGAAAGCAUGUUCUUACCUGGAGAAGCUUGUGCUAAAGAUGCAAUUCAUAUUUCCAGAAGUAAAUCUUAAGGAGGCUUCUAACACUUGCUCCCAUCAUCACCUGGAGGUUGUGGAAAUUGUUGGGUAUCGUGGUCGUCAAAGUGCUGUCAAAAUUCUCAUGCUCUUGAUGGAGACUGCUGUUUCUCUUAAGAAGGUUGUGAUAAAUCCUGUCCGACAAUUAAUUCGUGGUGAAUCAGUGGAUGACAGUGAUGUAGUGAUGGAGGAAGAAGAGGCAAGACGACAUGCUUUACAUGAGCUUAGAAGGGAAGUGCCUGCUGCUAUAAUUUUCGGAUGCCUCUAGCUCUAGUUAAUAAUACUACUUUACUUUCUGUUUGGCAAAUAUAUUGUAUGCAAUGUACAUGUCACUGGUUUUAGAUAUACCAAGCAUCCUUUGUAGUAUCUUACUGUACAACUAAGAGGUGUUAAGGGUUUUUGGACCUGUACAUGUACCCUUCAGAAUUUAGAUGUGUACCUGAUAUAAGAGAGAUGGAAUUUUCUGUU